AUGCCGGCACCGUGUGCGCACUGUGUGAAGCACGGACGCCAUUGUGUGAUUGACCCGACGUUCCAGCCGCGUCGAGGCGGCCAGGUCGAGAUGCUGAGGGAAGAUAUCUCGCGGCUUAAGCGAGAGCUUGCUAGCAUCAAAGAGACACAGAGCCACGGAAGCGACAACCCAGAGAUGCCGAGCAAGCGAUCAAAUAGCGGCAUCUAUGCGUCGGAUCUGUCCAAGAUUUCUCCAGCUGGUCCGUCGACGACAAGUCCUGUGACCCCGGAUCCUCGAGACGACGACUACGGAUCGCAAAUAUACGAGGUCAUCCCGCACCCUGGACCGUUUAUUUUGGGCGAUGUUACGCUGUCUCUUGAGCAUGCACGGCUUCUUCAUGACCGGUUUGUUUCCGACCACCUCCCCUUUGUUCCUGUUUUUGAGAGCAAAAGUGCCGGAGAGCUGUACUCUCAGAGCGAAAUGCUGUUUUGGUCAGUAAUAAUCACUGCUGCGUCUGCAUCGGAUCCGGACUUGUACCUACGCCUCGCUGACCCGGUGAAACGCCUGGUAAUUGACGUCUGUUGGCUGCACACCGCCCGCUCAACUUAUGUUGUGCAGGCUUUGCUGGUGUUGGCCACAUGGCCGUUGCCUAGUGAAAAAGUGUUGGACGACAUGUCUUACCGAUUCACUACCUUAGCACGAAGUCUGGCACUACAAUUGGGCAUGCACCGGGGCAAGUAUAUUUAUGAAUUUUCGCGAAAGCAAAGGCUAAUGCCUAACGCGAUUAAAUGGAGAACACGAACGUGGAUUUUGACUUAUAUCUCGAGCCAGUUUUUGUCGGCAGCUAUGGGACUACCGUCGAAUGGCAAUGUCGAUUAUCUUAUUGACCAGGGCGUUAACGAUCCCGAACUUCCAGAAUCCCUGCGAGCUCUAUUGAAACUUGCGAUUUUCCACGGCAAGUUGGUCUCGAUUAUGGGGUCCAGUAUCUUAUCACCUGAUGGCCUUAUUCUUCCCAAGACUCGAGGCCCCACUCUGGACGUUUUGAGCCAGGACCUCGAACUGCUUGGACAGGAGCUUCCCUUACACCUACCUUUUAUUAAUGCGUCAUUUUUGUACGUGCGAUGUAUGCUGUGUUGUUUUGCGUUUAUGCCCGAUAUCCCUGAAGAAGACCAGUCCAGAUUUAUUGUGCCCUGUUAUCAUGCGGCAACCGAUGUUAUUGCCGUGGUUUCUGGACUGGUUAGCGACGGCAAAAAAAUCACCGAUAUGCCCGCAAUUAUAAGGCGAGCAAGCUCGCUGUCUGCUCUUUUGCUUUUCCGACUCCACCUGGCCCCUCAGUUCCCCCAACAGUUUGUGGAAAGCGCCAGACAGUCAGUGGUCAUUGUCUAUCGCCUGUACCGUCAGGUCACGGUGCACUGGCAGGGAAUUCAGAACGUGGCCAAGAUUCUUGAGGGACUGAACCAUGUCUUGAUUGCCCACCCCGAUCUGUUAACUGGCCAGCGCAAGAUCAUGACGCGGAUGAGGUCCCGACUGACCGACUCGAUUUUCUACGAGCUAAUCUGGGCGAUCCACGAAGCCCGCCGUCGUAACAAUCGCAACGCAAAAGAGAACAGAGACAUUCCCCAGCCGCUGGUCGGCCCCGAGCCUCAAACAGACGUGCCUCCAGUUGCUCCUCUGCCGCUGUUCACAAACCCGGCCGUCGUCGACCCGCCACAAACCCGGCAACCGUACAUAGCCAAUGGGAACACAUCGCACCUGUACGUCCAGGAAGCGACUCCUGUUCCGCAAGAGCAGAUCGAAGCCCUGGGCAUCAACCAGGACAUCGACUCGCUGCUGCCUGGUAUGGACUGGAUGACUGGCGACGAUUUUCUGGGCUGGAUGCCAAGCGGAGAAUUCGCCCUCUAA